CCGGCACAGUCGAGAAAGCCCCUCGGACGCCGCUUGUCACGCCAUACACCAUGAACCUAUUCAUCUUUGCGGUAGUACUUAGUGCAGCAUCAGCCCUUCCUUCCUACAUUGCGGUACCAUCAGAUCAGAUAGCAUUUCUGGAUCUGACCGCUCUCCACGCACGUCGGGUGCCAAGGCAGACUCUGGAACAACCUUCACUUCCACAAGCUGCUUACCAAGAUGAUUACCAGCCUGUACCAUUGGAACAAUAUAACCAACCAAGCGUAGCUCUCGCCCCUCCGCCACCACCACAAGCCCCAAGAAUACAGCAACAAGAGAAUAGAGCUGAACCUUUAGUGCAAUAUGCAGAAAGACCUGCAGAUUUCGGAGAAUAUGUUGAUUUUGGGGCUCAAACUGGAGAUAACGGAGCCUUUGGAUGGUAUGCGGACUAUCCACUCAACAACCAAGAAUCGUAUAAACAUUAAGAGUCUUCAAUGACUUAUCCAAUCAGUAUUAGACAAUCUUGCCAAGUUAGGUAUAUUACCAAAGAUUGACAUUGCAGAAUUACCGCACAUUUGUUUUAGACGGUUAAUUCCGCAUUCAGAGAUAGUUGUAGAUUAAUAAUGCAAAGUAAACUGUGAUAAGCAAUACGAUAGUUCACUUUUAUGCUUUAUCUGCUUAGAUAAUGCAUCUAGCAGAAUGCAGUACUCUAUAUUUUCCUAUUAUUUUUCUUUUACAUAUCUUCUUACUUGCUUAAAUACUUUUUCUUCUUCUAUAUUUUCAUGCUUCCUACCUGUUCCUAUUUCUGAAUUCUUUGCUUACUCUAAGUUAUUUAUGUAAAAUCGUGUUUCUGCUUCUUUUCUAUCACUUCCUUAUUGCACUUUCUUUUCAUAACUUUCUAUACUCAUCUAUAUCCACUUAUUUUUUAUAUCUUAAUCUAUUUUUACUUAUUUUUAGACUAGACACAUACUUCAUUCAUAUUUAAGAAAAAUGCUAGAAUGGUAGAUUUGGGUGUCUUUUUUAAUCUAGACAAAGGACAAGCUAUGACAAAGGAGGAAACAAAUGUUUUUCAUAAAUGGCAACUAUUUAUUAAAUGACAAUAAUUUUCAUAAAUGGCAAUUAUUUACAAAGACAAUUGCGGCAAUUUAAGCCGCGCCCACUACUGACUAGACUAGUAUAUGAGAUAUCUGGUCAUGUAAGUCCUAUUAUAACUAAAGUUUCAGUUCUAUCUUUCUAUCAAGCUUUUUCUUUCUAUUCUCAAUCUGUAUACAUUUUCUCUAGAACGAGUUGUAUUCAAAUUCACGCAUCACGCUUUAUGACCCCAAUCAUCUGUUUGUUUCUCUUAUUACCUAUUUCAUGUCAUACCUACUACUUCCUGUAAAUCUUUCUCUUCAAUAUUACAAUUUUUAUAUAUGCUUUUUUUCCUUUAAUUCACUUUAAACCUUAUAACUUUUUUCUAUAUCUAUUAUACUAGCUUAAACAUACAAUUACGUAAUAUUUCUUCAAAUAUGAUUCUUCUUUAUUUUGAUUGAUUCUUU